UCCCUUUCGCUUCUAUCCUCUCUGUUGAUGCGAUUUUUCUCUUGGAUCCCUUAUCCCUUCUGCUGCUCUGUCUCAUUAGCCAUGAUUUCUAGCCUUUCCUAGAGCACUUAACUCUCGUUUUAUUGUUGUGGAAUUCCUGCACGAUUUCUUCUUUUCUUGCUGUUGCUGUUGCGUGAGCUUCUUCCUCAUAGUCCUAUCAGCCUUGUAGUCGUGAAGAGAAAGCUAGGGGUAUGGCGAUGCGCAACUCCGCUUCUCGGCUUUCCUUUCUUGCAGGGAGAGCCGUAGGUGCUACAUUGCGACCAAUGCAUUGUGCAGCUCUCCACAACACAGCCUCAGACACUCAACCUAAAAAAGAGAGUGAUUAUUUACUUGGAACCUUACCAGAGACUAUGAAAGCAGCAGUACUUUGGGAGCCUAGGAAGGCUAUGACGAUCGAGGAGCUCAAAUUGCCUCGCCCUCAAGUUGGCGAGGUCUUGAUUAGAACCAAAGCUUGUGGAGUCUGUCACUCAGAUUUGCAUGUCAUGAACAAUGACAUUCCGUUCCCGAUUCCAUGCGUCCUUGGUCAUGAAGUUUCAGGAGAGGUUGUCGAACAUGGGAAGCAUACCGAUUCAGCGACCAUCGAGAGAUUGCCUGUGGGGUCGCGAGUUGUGGGUGCAUUCAUCAUGCCCUGUGGUGGCUGUUUCUUUUGUGUGAAGGGUCAAGAGGAUUUGUGUGAGAGUUUCUUAAAGUACAAUCGAGGUUUAGGAGGUCUUUACGAUGGCACAACACGAUUAUACAUGUCUAGUAGUGGGGAUCCUGUAUACAUGUACAGCAUGGGUGGUCUGGCUGAGUACUGUGUAGUUCCUGCCAACGGAUUGGCCGUAAUUCCAGAAUCCCUGCCUUACUCUGAAUCUGCCAUCAUUGGUUGCGCUGUAUUCACAGCCUAUGGAGCCAUGAAAAAUGCAGCUGACAUGCGUGCAGGAGAGACAGUAGCCGUAAUUGGGACUGGUGGAGUGGGAUCCAGCUGUAUACAGGUUUCACGUGCCUUUGGAGGUCGAAUAGUCAUUGGUGUUGAUAUAAGUGAUGGAAAGCUGGAGAUGGCUAAGCAAAUGGGUGCAACACACACUAUUAAUGCCUCUAAAGAGGAUGUUCCAGAAAGAAUCAGGGAAAUUACAGGUGGACGAGGAGUUGACAUAGCUGUGGAGGCUUUGGGGAAGCCAGCUACUUUUAAACAGGCUAUUAUGUCCGUCAGGGAUGGGGGUCGAGCUGUAAUGAUUGGUCUUGCUCCCUGGGGUGCCACCGCUGAUAUCGAGAUCACUCGACUUGUUCGCAGACAGAUUCGUGUUUUUGGUUCGUAUGGAGGUAGAGCCAGGCAGGAUCUUCCAAAUAUAGUGGGUCUCGCAGAGAUGGGCUUCCUCAAAAUUGAGUCAGCUGUGACACAGAAAGCCAAGCUGGAGCAGGCUAGUAAUGUCUAUGCCGAACUAGAACAAGGAAGAAUAACUGGUCGCGCCGUUAUCGAACUCCGCUGAGCUUUCCGCAUGUACAGCUCCCUCACGUUCUUUCACUGGUCUCCUUCGUUCUCUCGCUGUACAUUAUGUUCCAAAGUCCGCCUGCCCGAUAACCGUGCGUUAGGAAAGAUGGUAUGAUAUGAACAAGCACACGUUGCAAUUAUAUUGUACUUCUAUAGCUUAUGUCUUCUGGAACUUUUAAGUAGAUAAUCAUCUGCAGGCGGAAUGAGACAGAAUUAUGUCCGAGGGAUCUGCUGUAGAAGAUACCAGUGAUACUGGACCUCAACUGUGACGCACUAAAUCCUGAAACCCUAAACCCUCAAUUCAUGUUUUAUACGAAAGAAAGCUGAACUAAUUACUCAAUAAAAUGUUCGUCAUACCCAUGGUAUCGAGCCAGUUUCGAAGUACAGUUCUUGACCGGUUUAGUUGUUGUAGCAAGUUAUUUAGAAGAGUCUGUAUAGAAGGAACUCAUUGCUACGAACCACUUGUUGUACCUUUGCCGUAAGUCGUCAAACAUUUCGAAUGAGAAGAUCAA